GCUACACAGAGGGACGGGCGCCUGAAGGCUGGUGAUGAGCUGUUGAUGAUCAACGGUCAGUCUCUGGUAGGUCUGUCUCACUCUGAGGCUGUAUCCAUCCUCCGCUCCUCUGCUGGACUGGUUCAACUGGUGGUCACUAGGAGGGAGGAGUCAGAGGUGGAUUUCCACAGCUACCCAUCCACCAGCCUGCCAGACCUGGUCAGCCCCGCCUCCUCCUCUCCUUCUCCUAGCAAUAACAAGGAGAACAUGGAACCUCAUCACGGCCUGACUUCCAGCAGCCUGAGCCUCUCUCUACCCACUACG